AUGGGUGUAAAUGCGGAAGCACCCGGUGUAGGAUUCCUUAAGAAUGUUGCUGCGCUCAUCCAGGAUACAGGGGCAAUGCUAGAUGAAAUGUUGUACAGCAAAGCCUCCUUUAGUCACACAGCCAUCCGCAGUGCAGUUUCUACUCCUUCUACUCCUCAUGUCGAUGAGAAGGAAAAAAAAAUAGGGCGCUCAUCCUAG